AAUAGGUUUACCGCGCCGAAAUAGUAAAAGCCGCGUCUACCCUCAACUUUCUGCAACAGCUAGACGUAUUUGUACCAGUGAAAUGGCAUACUACUGUAGUCACACCCACAUACAAUCCCCACCCAUUUUCCAUGAGGUUGGCCACGCCUUUAGGAUUGGCUGUCUUGAAAAGAUAAACAAUUAAAAUGGCAGACUCUGAUAACUCCGGUUUUUCUAGUACAACGCUCUUGAGCCGAUUGAGAGGUUGGGUAUCUCGCUGCUGGGCAUACGCUUGGGUAUUCUUCAUGGUAAUCUCGCUGGUGACGCUUUAUCACUUCCGAGUACCCCUUCGUCUUUACGAGAAUUUGGCGUCCGUGGUGGUCUUCAUCAACACGUUGACUCCGAAGUUUUAUGUUGCUUUGACCGGAACCUCAUCUGUUAUAUCGGGACUGAUACUUGUUUUUGAAUGGUGCUAUUUUAAGAAGUACGGCACAUCUUUCAUUGAACAGGUUUCUGUGAACCAUUUACGUCCACUGAUGGGAGGGAAUGAACCUACAUCAUCCUCAGUGGGUUUCUUCCCUAGCAUUGGAGAAAAUGAGCCAAGCAGGCAGCCCUUAUCAGAUUGUAAAGUGUGGAGAAAUCCAUUAAAUCUCUUCAGAGGAGCAGAAUACAAUAGGUACACAUGGGUCACUGGCAGAGAACCUCUAACUUACUAUGAUAUGAACCUCUCCGCACAAGAUCAUCAAACCUUUUUUACAUGUGACACUGACUCUUUACGGCCAUCAGAUGCUGUUAUGCAGAAAGCUUGGCGUGAGAGAAGCCCUCAAGCAAGAAUCAAAGCAGCAUAUCAGGCCCUGAAUGUAUACAACGACUGUGCUACAGCAUAUAUUCUCUUGGCUGAAGAAGAAGCAACUACAAUAUCAGAUGCAGAAAAUUUUUUUCAGCAGGCCCUGAAAGCUGGAGAAUCGGCCUAUAGAAAGUCUCAACAGCAACAGCAUUUGAGUACCCAGCAUGAAGCUCAACACAGAAGAGACACAAAUGUGCUGAUAUAUGCAAAGAGAAGACUGGCAAUAUGUGCAAGAAGAUUAGGAAGAGUGAAGGAAGCUGUAAAAAUAAUGAGAGAUUUAAUGAAAGAGUUUCCUCUUCUGAGCAUGGUGAAGAUCCAUGAAAACCUUCUAGAAGCUUUGCUAGAAUUGCAGGCGUAUGCGGAUGUCCAGGCAGUGCUCGCUAAAUAUGAUGAUAUCAGUCUUCCAAAGUCAGCAACAAUAUGUUACACAGCAGCUUUACUAAAAGCCAGAGCUGUUUCUGAAAGAUUUUCUCCUGAAUCAGCCUCCAGAAGAGGGCUCAGUACAGCAGAAAUGAAUGCAGUUGAAGCAAUUCACAGAGCUGUCGAGUUUAAUCCUCAUGUACCAAAGUACUUACUUGAAAUGAAAAGCUUGGUCAUGCCCCCGGAACAUAUACUGAAACGGGGAGACAGUGAAGCUGUGGCGUAUGCCUUCUUUCACCUCCAGCACUGGAAACGAGUAGAAGGUGCACUAAAUUUGAUGCAUUGUACAUGGGAAGGCACCUUUAGGAUACUUCCAUACCCUUUAGAAAAGGGCCACCUCUUCUAUCCCUAUCCUGGAUGCACUGAAAAUGUUGACAGAGAGUUAUUGCCUGCUUUCCAUGAUGUUUCUGUUUACCCAAAGAAGGAGCUUCCGUUCUUCAUUCACUUUACUGCUGGACUGUGUUCAUUUACAGCAAUGCUGUCUCUUCUUACACACCAGUUUCCAGAGCUAAUGGGUGUUUUUGCAAAGACUUUUUUAGUGACCUUGCUUACUCCCUUGAGCUUCAUUUUCGAAAAGAUUGAGAGCAUCAUGCCGUAUAACUUCUGGAACCAACUGACUCGACUUUAAUUGCCUCACAUAUUCCCAUGCCUGUAAUACCAGCAAGAGGUUCACCGUUACUUUAGGCCCCUUUUAUUUAACAUGUUACAGGGCAAUAUUACAUUGUUCUAUACAGUCAUAUGAAAAAGUUUGGGAACCCCUCUUAAUUCUUCGGAGUUUUGUUUAUCAUUGGCUAAGCUUUUAACGUAGCAACUUCCUUUUAAUAUAUAACAUGCCUUAAGUAUUUCAGCAG